CUUUUUAAAAGUGGGUGGUGAGCCGGCCACCGCAAGGCUUUUGCGGGUACCUCUCCAGCAGGCACUGUACUUGACGAAGGGAGACUGUCGAGGGGAAUUGCAGAGGAAGGAAUUGGUGAUAGAGCCAGUCUCUUUGGGAUGGUAAAGGAAUCAAGGCAAACAAAGGAUGGCCGUGGAGGAAUAAAAGUUGUGGGAGGGUGUACAGCAUGAUACAGAGUGAGGGAAUGUGGGGGUCUGUUUGGGGUAUGCCCGCUGGGAAGGUGCAGCAAAAAAAAGAUCAAAAGCUGUCUCUGGAGGAGGUUUCCCGUUUCUGCUAAACGGCUAGAUUUCUGGACUUGUUUUUCAUCCAUCAACAAGGGAUAAUGCGUGUCCCAUUUUCAGCCAGCAACACAGCUCUCGACUUGGAUCCAGUAAAGCAUCCCUCCGACUUUCUGCUCGCGCAGUUUGGCCGCGAAUGGCAAGCCGCCAUGCGGGCAGGUGCUGAGAGGUGCCCGACAGGGUACCCAUCGCUGCCAAACCACAAGAACCCGGAUGGUGGGGUUGGCCGCGGGGCUGCCCAGCGAGCGGCCAGCUUCAGUUCUUGCGCGAGCGCGCAACCUUGUCGGGUGCCUGAUACGGCACAUAGCGACGACCGUGCUGUGCGUCCCGGCCAGGUCGAGCUUGCGAGUGGGAGGACAAAAAUACCGCUCGCUACCUAUUUUAACGCUACUACUUUAAAAUGCUAUAACUUUACCCCAAAUGCAUGCAUUAAAGUGAGCUUAUUAUUUCCAUUUAAAAAUAUAGAAAUUAAUAAAAUUAAAAUUAAAAUGUAUAUAAAAACAAGUUAA